AUGCCGGCAUCGGCCAAGAGAGCCCAGCGCGGCCGGCGCGACCUGCGCAAGGACAAGGACGACAAGGACAAGGACGUCGCCGCCGCAGACCUCGAGAGCUCGUCGCCCAGCCGGCCCGCAAAGCGUCGCAAGAGGGCCCUCUCGCCCGACCACCCCGACAGCCUCCCGCCCGGCGCUCCCUCGCACUCGCACUCGCCCAGGGCCCAGGACGACCUGCUCGUGGCCCAGGUCACCCAGCAGCUGCGCUCCCAGCCCGUCCAGGCCAGCAGGGACCACUCCAACUCCAUCCACGAGGCCAACGGCAACGGCGUCAAGGCAUACGCAAAGGUGGCGGCGCAGGACUGGACCUACUACAUCACCAAGCUCAACGUCAACAUCGGCCGCUCGCCCGAACCCUCCCAUGGCGCGCCCGCCAGUAGCGACAGCGGCCAGCCCGCCGUGCACAUUGACCUCGGCCCCAGCAAGAUGGUGUCGCGCGAGCAUGCCACCAUCUCCUUCAACUCCAAGGACGAGAUCUGGAUGCUCUACAUCAAGGGUCGCAACGGCGCCAAGGUCGACGGCCAGCCCAUCAAGCCCCAGACCUCGCAUCCGCUGACGAGCGGCGAGGUCAUUGAGAUUGGCAACGUCGAGAUGAUGUUUGUCCUCCCUUCGGAACUCAGCGCGCUUCACAUCCAUCCCAUGUUUCUGCAGCGCUGCGGACGCAGCAUCGAUACGCCAAAGGCUGCGCAGCCUCGCCAGUACGCUCUGGACACACCGGCCAAGGCGGGUGUGAAGCGACCGGGCACGCCGACGUCGUCUCAGGACCACAGCGCGGCGACGGUCGCCAAGUCGCCUGUUGCGGCCAGCACUCCUGGGGGUCUUCUUGGUGCCAGCGGCGUAGACCUCAGCCUCGACGAGAAUCAGCAUAUAAAGCCCCAGUACAGCUACGCCCAGAUGAUCACGCAGGCCAUCCUCAAUGCGCCCGACGGCAAGCUGAACCUGAAUGGCAUCUAUAACUUCAUCAUGAGCACGUAUUCGUAUUAUCGCCACCAGCACGCAGCCGGUUGGCAGAAUUCCAUUCGCCACAAUCUCUCCCUCAACAAGUCGUUCGACAAGGUCGCCCGCACUACCGACGAACCCGGCAAAGGCAUGAAGUGGCACAUCGUGCCCGAGGCCCGCGAUGAGAUGGUUCGGAAUGCGUACAAAAUCGGGCGCGGCGGCCACAGGGGAUCGUCUGUCCCGUCGUCACCGAGUCACUUGAAUUACAUUACCCACGGCCCUAAAGACGUCCUAGCCAGGGAUCCCUCGUCUGCGCAAAAGAGGCGAGGAUCGCCGCUUGUAUCGCCGCCCCCUCAGUCGGCCAUGCGCGGCCUCCAGUCGACGCCGGAUCGCGCAUACGGCCGGAAGGCGGACCGAAGCUCGGGCCUGACCGCGGACGGCAGCCCGCUGCCCCGAGCGCGGAAAUCCACGGCGGCCGACGCAUCCUUUUCCGGCUUCCAGCCUCAGUCGCCCACCCUGACGUCGUCGUACAUGCAAGACGACAAUGCGUCCUUCGUCACGCCGGCGCCGCCGAGAGUACAUCCCAAGCUUGCGCCUCCGAGCACCGCCCAGCGGCCCAGCCAGCAUAUGCCGACCAGCUCGCCGGCGCCGUUCUGGAAGUAUGCCGACAUUGGCAGCACGCCGCUGAAGCCGCUGGGGCCGUACGAAGUCAGCCCUUCGAGGGUCGCCGGAGAGGCGCCGCCCCGGAGCAGCAGCCCGCCUGCGCUCGGCAAGUCGCCGCCAAGCAGCCCGUCUCGGCCGCAAAAGUCGGGCCUUCGUGAGUCUGCAGAUGCUGCGGACGAGCCUGAGGAGGAAGGAUUUGACUUGAUGAAGGGCUUUCAGAGUAUAGGCGCGUACCACGCUCCAGUGGAGCGAGGCGUCCCUAUCGGCGCAGCCUUGAAAGGCGGCUCAUGA